AUGUUCAAAUGUUACGGAAAUGUGACCCCUUUUACAAACGAUAUGGAAUUAUUUGGGAUAGGAAUUACAGGUUUUCUUUCUUGUGGUUUAUUAGCAUUAUUUAGUUUGAUUCUCCUCGCUAUUGGACACCUCAGAAAAAAAAUUGAUAAAGAAAUACAAGAAAUCGGAAAUCAAGAAGCAGUAGAAAAAGAAAUGAAUUUGAAUAAUGCCGAGAAAAUUAAUAUUAAUGAAGUAAAAAUUAAUAUUCCAAAGCUCCAAACAGAGUUAGAACAAGAAAAAAACAAAAAGUUUCUCACAGGACAACUAGAAGCUCAGGUCGAAAAUCCAUCUAAACUAAUUGUACGAGUAAUCGAAAAAUAG